AUGUCCGUAUCAAGUUCACAUACCGAGGAUCCAUUCCCUGAACCUAAACAGGGAAAGAUGCAAGCCCAACUCGCUUUGAGCUUAUCUAACGAAGAUAAAGUUGGAACUUAUCAGCCACAUGAUGAUGCUUUAGUGGUUACCCUUCAGAUAGGAGGCUAUGAUGUAAGGAGAGUCUUGGUAGACCAAGGCAAUGGUGUAGAGAUUAUGUAUCCAGAUCUUUACAAGGGACUUAAGUUAAAACCCGAGGAUCUAGUCAGCUAUGAUUCCCCUCUGGUAGGGUUUGAUGGGAAGACUGUUGUCCCAAGGGGCAUGAUUAAACUGCUUCUUCAGGUGGGCCAAAGAGUAGUAGAGGUAAAUUUCAUUGUGGUGGAUACUUAUUCCCCUUAUACUGCCAUCUUGGCAAUACCAUGGCUUCAUGCCAUGGAAGCCAUAUCUUCAACUUUACAUUUGAAGGUGAAUUAUCCCUUUGAGGACCAUGUUGAAGAGUUGAUUGGAAGUCAGGCCAUGGCAAGGCAGUGCUUGGUUGCUGCUAUCAAAUACUAG